UUUAGACAAUUUUAUACCAUAUCACUGUAUCACGUAUGUUAGUAAUUCACUUGAGCAAGUUUUCAGCAACACAUUAUCAUGCGAUCUGUUCCUCUCUGGUUGGAUAAAGUUCAGGACAAAACAACUGCUGGACAAUGCAUAUAUGACUUGGCAUUUAAACCCGAUGGAUCUCAGUUGAUGGUUGCCGCGGGAAAUAGAGUUUUAGUCUAUGAUCCGAGUGAUGGGACACUGGAACAAUCACUUAAAGGACACAAGGACUCUGUAUAUUGUGUCGCCUUUUCUAGAGAUGGUAAACGUUUUGCUUCUGGCUCAGCUGACAAAAGUGUCAUCAUAUGGACUGAUUCAUUGAGUGGGAUAUUGAAAUACACACACAAUGAUGCAAUACAAGCUCUUGCAUACAGUCCUGUAGCCCAACAUCUCGUAUCAUGUGCAGUUUCUGAUUUUGGUCUGUGGUCACCAGAACAGAAAUCAGUUAAUAAGCAUAAAGUGAAUAGCAGAAUCACAUGCUGCAGCUGGACAAAUGAUGGGCAAUAUUUUGCAGUCGGAUUGUUCAAUGGCAUUAUCAGUAUCAGAAGUAAAUUAGGAGAAGAAAAAGUUAAAAUAGAAAGACCUGGUGGUUCUUUAAGUCCUGUCUGGUGCUUACAGUGGAAUCCUAACAAAGAGGAAUCAUAUGAUGUUCUUUCUGUUGGUGAUUGGGGAAAGAAACUUUCAUUCUAUCACCUCAAUGGAAAGCAGAUUGGCAAGGAUGUGAAGCUUGAUUUUGAUCCAUGUACUCUCUGUCAUUUUAUGAAUGGAAAAUAUCUCAUUGUUGGUGGAUCAAAUGGAAAAUCUUCUCUUUACUCAAGGGAUGGUCAAUUUCUUGGACUGGUUGCUGAUACUGGGGAUAAAUGGAUGUGGGCGUCUGCAUGGAAACCUGACAGUACUACUGUUGUCAGUGGAUCACAGAAUGGUUCUAUAAAUUGUCAUAAUCUACUUUUUUCAACUGUUCAUGGUUUGUAUCGAGAUCGUUAUGCUUACAGAGAAAAUCUAACUGAUCUGGUCGUACAAUUACUAUCAGCAGUAGAUGUUGAGGAUACAUCAAGUGGUUCCAAAAUUCAUCUGAGAUGUCAUGAUUUAAUAAAGAAAAUAUCAAUAUAUAAAGAUAAACUUGCUGUUCAACUGCCAGAUCGAAUCAUCAUCUAUGAACUAACGGAAGAUGAAUCGUCGAACAUGACAUACAAACCCAAGCAUAAAAUAAUGAAAAAAUUUGAUUGUAAUCUUCUUGUUGUCUGCACCAAUAAUAUAGUUUUAUGCAAGGAAGCAAAUUUGACUUGUUUGUCACUGACUGGAGUUAAAGAAAGAGAAUGGGUUCUUGAUGCAAAUAUUAGAUAUGUGAAGGUGAUUGGUGGACCACCAGGAAGAGAAGGAAUGCUACUUGGAUUGAAAAAUGGCACUGUUUUGCAGAUUUUUGUUGACAAUCCUUUCCCAAUCCAGUUGUUGAAAGUUAAGGGAUCAGUGUUAUGUCUGGAUCUUAGUAUGAGCAGAAAUAAACUUGCAAUUGUAAAUGAAAAUGCAACUCUAAUGGUAUAUGAUAUCAACACAAAAGAGAUUUUAUUUGAGGAAAAAGAUGCAAACAGUGUUGCAUGGAACACACAGAAUGAAGACAUGCUAUGUUAUUCUGGAAAAGGAAUGUUGAGUAUCAAAGCUGGAAAUUUUCCUGCACAUCAACGUAAAAUGCAAGGAUAUGUUGUGGGAUAUUGUGGAUCUCGUAUUUUCUGUCUUCAUAUUCAUGCUAUGCGAGCUGUUGAUGUUCCACAAUCUGCACCAAUGUAUCAAUAUUUGGAAAGAAAAAUGUUUGAUGAAGCAUAUAAAAUAGCAUGUCUCGGCGUAACCUCCGGUGAUUGGACAAACCUUGCACUUCAUGCAUUGGAAGGAUUGAAUUUUGAAGUAUCAAAAAGAGCUUUCACAAGAACUCGAGAUCUUAGAUAUUUGGAGUUGAUACACAAUAUUGAGGAACGUCAACGUCGUGGUGAAGAAGAUCUUGAAGCUUUUCUUGCUGAUGUUUACGCUUAUCGUGGAAUGUUUUCUGAGGCAGCUGAACUUUAUAAGAAAACCGGAAAUCAACAAAAAGCACUUGAUAUGUACACUGAUUUGAGAAUGUUCGAUCUAGCUAAGGAAUUCGUUGGAUCUGGUGAUCCUAUGGAACAAAAGCAGUUAAUUGCAAAGCAAGCUGAUUGGGCGCAAAAUACAAAUGAACCAAGAGAAGCUGCUAACAUGUACCUUGCUGCAGGCGAGAAUCUCAAAGCUAUAAAUAUUAUUGGUAGAAAUGGAUGGAUUGAUAUGUUGAUUGAUGUAGCACGUGGAUUAGAUAAAGCUGACCGUGAACCGCUUUCUCGUUGUGCACAUUUUUUGAAAGUUCUACAACAAUAUGCAUAUUGUGCUGAAGUUUAUAAUAAGAUGGGAGACAGAAGAUCGUUGAUUGAACUUCAUGUUGAUACUAAAUCUUGGGAGGAGGCAUUUGCACUUGCUGAAAAAUAUCCUGAAUACAAAGAUGAAGUUUACGUCCCAUAUGCUCGAUGGUUGGCUGAACAUGAUAGAUUUGAAGAAUCACAAAAAGCUUUCCACAAGGCAGGCAAAACCACAGAAGCUUUACAUGUUUUGGGUCAACUUACCAGCAAUGCUGUAAAUGAAAGCAGAUACAAUGAUGCUGGUUAUUAUUAUUGGAUGCUAUCAAUGCAAUGCUUGGAUAUUGCAAGAGAACACCCAGAAAAAACUGAAGAAAUGAUUGAAAAAUUUGAAGAAUAUAGGAAGUUAGGAGAAAUGUAUUAUGCUUAUCACUCGAUACAUACUUACACAGAUGAACCAUUCACAUCUCAUUUGCCUGAAGCUCUGUUCAAUAUAGCAAGAUAUCUGGUUCAUCAAAUGUCAACACGAUCUCCGCCUCCUCGUGUUUCUAAAGUUGCUACAUGGUAUGCGUUAGCAAAGCAAGGACGAUACCUACAUGCAUAUAAGUUGGCAAGAUAUGCCUAUGAAAAAUUGCAGAAACUGAGAUUACCUUUAAGAUUUCAAGAUGCAAUUGAUCUGGCUUCUGUGACUAUCAGAUCUAAACCAUUCAAUGAUAAUGAGGAUUUGCAACACACAUGCUUGAAAUGCUCAACAACUAACCCAGUGUUAAACCCCAGAGGUGAUUUCUGUGUUAAUUGUCAACAACCAUUCGUUCAUUCAUUUUCUUCGUUUGAAAUUCUUCCGCUUGUCGAAUUUCACCUUGAGGAUGGAGUACGAGAUGAAGAAGUUGAAAUGCUGCUUGGAACUGAUUCUAGACUUGAUGGAACAAAUAAUAAUGAAUGGAGUUCAGCAGAUGGAACAGCACAAGUGCUUAGAAUGGAUUCAGAUGAAUCUUCUGACCCUUUUACUUCCGAUUUUAUUAACGAGGGCGAUAAAUAUGUUCCUGUCAUUGUGUCACAUUCCACAUUAAGAUCUUUGUCUCGUCGUGAAGUCAUCAUUAGGAAAUGGCCUAAACCAUUACGCUGGCAAUUCUUCAAAAACUGUCUGCCUGAUGUUCCUAUUUCUAUUUGCGAUUCAUGCUUGCAGAUGUUUCACACUGAUGAUUAUGAAUUAAUGGUUCUUCAAAAGCAGCAAUGUCCGUUCUGCAGAAAACCUACAGAAGAUCGAAUAGAGGAGGAAAAAAUUGAUUUAUAAAUUAGUUUUGUAUAUCACAAUCACUUCACUGAAGCCGAAUUUGUAUGUUAGUUGUCUGUUCAUAGUUCAUACCCAGGAAAUAAAUUGCCAAUCAGUGCUCAAAAGAUUAGCAAUCAUUAAAGGGUUAAUUUAAGCAUUGUGAAAUUCUGGUUUGUGGUAUUAUAGUGGUUUCGGCCCCAAGUUAUAUUUUUGCACAUUUUGUCUAUUCUAUUGAAGUUAAAUUAAUUAACUUUAAUAUUCAUUGAUUUGUUGAUAUCACAUGACUUUCUCAUUGCAUAGUUAUAAUUACUAUUGAUCCAGCAUUCGCUUGCUUUCAGUUUUGUUUGCCCUAGCAGCAUAACACGUUUUCCUUUGCGGUACUUACCGGUAUAUUAGGGCAGAAUCAAAUGCAAAUCAGACUGUAUUUUCUAUAGAUUUGCAUGUUCAAAAGUUAUGUAAUUUGUUAUAGGCGCACAUAAAUACAGCUGAGUUCUGUAAACUACCUGAAGGCAAUAAUGUAUAUAUUAAAAUACCAGGCCAUUGAUAAUUUGAGAGAAGUGUUCAUAUUAUGUUUAGUUUAUUUUUAUAUUCUUUUAUAUUUAUUUUGUUGAAGAAUUUGACAGCACAUAUUGCAACAUCCAUGUAAAACGUUGCAAAUGUAACCCAGCUUUAAGCGGUAGAGUAGAAAAAUAACGCUGUUGCACCAUUCAAGAAUUUGUUGGCACUCUAGAAUUGAAAAUAUUAUUUUGUUACAUUUAUUUGUGUAGAAAUUUGAUUUAUUUUAGAAAUAAAACUUGAUGUUUGUAAUAUUGAUUGUAAUAUUUCUUGUCUUCUAUAAUCUACAAUAUCAUUGUCUUAAUGCUCACUCUCAAUUCGUUGGUUUUCUAUCAAUUAUGGUAUUGAAAUCCAAAAUAUAUGUGAGA